UUGAUCAACAAUCCCCUCCGUAAUGUCUGCCUGCUCCUGAACAUGUGUCUGUGUAGCUCUAUUAUGUGUUUUUAAUACUUUGUGAGAGCAUGUGUUCUAAAUCAUUCUACCUGAGGACUCUUAUUCAGCGGUGAGGUGACCACCUUCAGCUCAGAUCCCGUUUGCACCAUGCCUCUGAGAGACUCAGUCACCCCGCUGCUCUGGAGUUGCUGUGUACUAAUGCUCAUCCACCAAUGCGAGGCUCAAGCUCUAAACUGCACGUGUAAUGUGACCAAUAGUCGGUGUGACGAGAAUGCGGUGUGCAGGUGUGACCCGGGUUGGGAGGGGCAGCAGUGCAACGUCUGUGUGAGAAUGCCAGGCUGUGUCCAUGGAUCAUGUCAUCAACCCUGGCAAUGCACCUGUGAGCCUGGAUGGGCAGGGCGCUUCUGCGACAAAGAUGUCCAUGUGUGUACAAAUGAGGCACCUUGUCAGAACGGUGCCACUUGUUACGUCAACGUUUCAGGGGAAUACUCCUGCCUCUGCCCCGAGGGAUUUCACGGGAGGAACUGCGAGCACAAGACAGGACCCUGUCAUAAGACCGGCAGGUCUUCGUGUAAGAAUGGCGGGCAGUGUGAGGACAGUGGCGGUUAUGCUCCAGAGCUCUCCUGCCGCUGCCUGGCAGGCUUCACCGGGCCACGUUGCGAGAACAACAUGGACGACUGCCUGAUGCGCCCCUGUGGUAACGGUGCCACCUGCCUGGAUGGCAUCAACCGCUUCUCCUGCCUCUGUCCCGAGGGCUUCACGGGCCGGUUCUGCACCGUCAACCUGGAUGACUGUGCCAGCCAACCUUGCCUUAAUGGAGGGCGCUGUCUGGACCGUGCCAGCACCUUCCACUGCCUCUGCAAGCCUGGGUUCACUGGCAGGACCUGCGAGGUGCCCUUAAGGAGCCCAGAGAGCCAAGCGCCCAUCAGCAGCUCCCAUGACUGGGCUGGGGGAGGUGGGGGCUUGGGAAGGGUAACUCAGUCCAGGCCAGACCAGGACAUCACGAGGGGGGACAAUAAUAGUGGAGACAGGCUGCUUAAGAUCUCUGUGAAGGAGGUUGUGACCCAGUGGGGCUCGUCUGGCCUAUCAGAGGUGCAGCUCAUCACCCUCCUGGUGCUGGGGGGCAUGACACUUGCCGUGGUGGUGCUCACAGCUGGCCUGGUGCUGAGGGGACAUUGGCAGGACCACUGUGCAAGCUGCAGGUGCGGCCCCACCGCCCACCUGCACCCUCUGAAACACCGAGACCGCCAGCCACCCCCGCAGAGCCACCUAGUCACAGUGGAGCAGGAGUGUAAGAUCAGCUUCCUGCACACGCCCACAACCCCAGAACUGGAGAAGAAGAAACUGAACACUGAGGUGAUUUAGGUUAUGUUUACUACCUCCACAGCCCUGAACACAGGACACAGACUGCUCUCAGCAGAGGGAAAGCCAUGCUUUUAUCCCAGCCCUGCCUCCAUGACUGAUUCUCUUCAGUACUGACAGUCAAAAUAAAGAUAACAUACCGACCUAGGUAUCGAAACCUAAAGAGACGCAGCACCAAGAAGGGACCAGUGGGUCUGUUCAAGGGUAAAGGAGUGUCAAACACAUUCUCUUAACAAAAGGAGCGUAGUCCUAAUAUUAUGGAUUAUUUGUUGACCAGAGGGGUAAAGCGGAGGUACAUUGUGAAAUAUACUCAAGUCCUUUGGUUACUUGUCACGGACAACCAAUGUGUAAUUUGUCCGUCCACAAAAUCAGAUGAUUUGAUUUGUUGGCAUGAACUGCAUGUAAGACAGGCCUACUGACAGACAGCUUUGGAAUGCAAGCCGAGACAAUGCCCUUGUUAUGUCAACCUAAUUGGUGUACUGGUAUUUGUCACUGCUGUUCUCAUCACGAUAUUAGGCCAAAAUGUUAGACAUGAAUGAAUCUACCCAUAUUUUUCCAAAUGGGCUCUGACCUCGGAACAAGCUCUGCAAGUGAGCAGAAUUCAGACAUGCAGACAAAUGAUUGCCUGAAUUCAUGUUGUUUUAACAGUGUACUUUUAAUACCACAGACUCAAGAUCUGCAACACCUCAACACCUACUUCAUUUAAGUAACUGUUCAGUGAUUCCAGAUUUCUAUGAAAUAUGACCUAUAAUUAAUUACAAUAUGAGUAAAAUAGUUUUCCUUCCAAAAAAGUGUAAUUAUGUAUGUAAAAAAAAAUCUUAUUUUCUGUGUUGGAAUGGUGUGGACGUACCCCAUAGAGUUAGAUAGAGGCACGGGCAUUGCCAUUUAGGGCUUUCAACAUUUUAAGGUAGUCAACAGGGUUGUACUUUCUAUGGGUUACGGAAGGAUGACAUGAUUCCAUCCAGGUCAUCAGGAGGGAUCAGCCAAUGAAUUAUACUUGUGAGAAAACACUAGGUGGCCGUAUGUACCUUUUCAGUUUGUUUGUCAACUCAUAGAAGUAGUAGAAGAAGAAUAUUGACUACUUCAAAAUAAAGAUGUCCUUAAUGGCGCUGCCUGUACGCUCACAGAUGCCAUCAUGGGAUAUACACUGAGUGUACAAAACAUUAGGAACAGGUCUCCUGGAUGGCAGUCUCUGGGUUCGUGCCCAGGCUCUGACGCAGCCGGCUGCGGCAGGGAGGUCCGUGGGGCGACGCACAAUUGGCCUAGCAUCGUUCGGGUUAGGGAGGGUUUGGCCGGUAGGGAUAUCCUUGUCUCAUCACGCAAUAGCGACUCCUGUGGCGGGCCGGGCGUAGUGCACGCUAACCAGGUCGCCAGGUACACAGUGUUUCCUCCGACACAUUGGGGCUGGCUUCCGGGUUGGAUGCGCGCUGUGUUAAGAAGCAGUGCGGCUUGGUUGGGUUGUGUUUCGGAGGACACGUGGCUUUCCCGUGCGGGAGUUGUAGCGAUGAGACAAGAUAGUAACUACUAACAAUUGGAUACCACGAAAUUGGGGAGAAAAGGGGAUAAAAUAAAAAUAAAACAUUAGGAACCCCUGGCCUUUUAUUUCCAAUCAGUGUAGUUGAAGGUUAGGAGACAGGUUAAAGAAGGAUUUUGAAGCCUUGAGACAUGGAUUGUGUUUGUGCCAUACAGAGGGUGAAUGGGCGAGACAACAGAUUUAAGUGCCUUUGAACGGGGUAUGGUGCCAGGCGCACCAGUUUGAGUGUGUUUUCACGCUCAACAGUUUCCCAUGUGUAUCAAGAAUGAUCCAAAGGACAUCCAGCCAACUUGACAUAACUGAUGGAAGCAUUGGAGUCAGCAUGGGCCAGCAUCCCUGUGGAACGCUUUCGACACCUUGUAGAGUCCAUGCCCUGACAAAUUUAGGUUUUUCUGAGGGAAAGAUGUUCCUAAUGUUUUGUACACUCAGUGUAUAUAAAGAUGAUAUCUCCAUCUAUCACUGUGGACAACAACAGAAUGAUGUGAGUGUAUACCGGUCAUUAAAAAUAUUCAUGUGUAGACUGCUGAUUGGAAAACUCAUUCUUCUAUGAGGAAAUAGCAAGCAUUUUUUAAAUAUUCUGUUUGAGAUACACGUUUGAGGUGGGGACUUCAUGUUUUUAAAUUUAUUUAUGCUUUGGCCACAUGAGUAUAGAAUGAGUCAACAACAUUAUUUGGGUAUUAGUUAACAUAAUAUGAACUUUUAAGAGUGAGAUUUUCACUGGACAGUUACUUUAAAUUAUAAUUGUAUCAUUUUGUAAAAAGUAAUAUUGAAAAUGAAUUUGUGACCUGUUUACUUUUGUAUGGUGUUUAAUAGUGAAUAACAAUAUGGAUUUGCUUAACAGUAUUCUGAAGCUGUACAUUUUAUUUAUUUUCUGUAAUUUAUUAUAGAAUGUGGUCUAUUUGCAAUGAGUCUUAUUUUUUUAUACUGAAUUGUCUGCAAUAAAGUUGUGAACUGUU